GCAACAGAUGAAAUGAUGCUUGAAAAUUUACUAAAAGAUGUUGAACAAUUAGUUACGAAAAAGGAAUUUGAAGUCGAUCAAGGGCAAGCGUGCAAUCCUGAAGAAGUCGAAGCUGCCAACAUACAGUUGAUAAAAAUUCAAAAAUGUUUGACCGAAAAGCACUUCAAGAAUCAAUCGAACAGGAAAGUUAUUCUGUCUGAUGCGACUGACAGUCAAACACUUUCUAUGGAAAAAAGGAAGGCCGUUGUUGAUUUGGCGAGAAAACAACGAAAUCUGCUAGAAGUUUUCAAGAAGUAUAAAAGUUUAAGUGAAAGAGUGAGGUCAAUCAGCAGUAAGAAAAUUGGUCCGUGCACUUUGUCAAAUACGAGGCGUAAAACUUUAUUUCAUGCAAACGUUCAAAACGAUAUCACUCUUACUUGUACGCCAUCCUCUGAGUCUAAUCAGUUUCAUUUAUCCGAGGACGCUAAUUCAAAGCUGUCACUCGAGGCUCUUGUUGGAAGAGGAAUACUAAAAGCUGGAAAGAAUGUUCUUUCAACUGCAUCAGAGGGAAGACUUUACUCGGCCUCGUUGUCCGACAAUGGACGCAUCAUUUCAACUGGAGGCGAAGGAUUCAAAUCACCAAGAAGUUGGAUUAAAGCGAUUUGCGGAAGCAAACGCAAGGUGAAAAACGACGUCGCAUGGAAAAUGGUGUUGUACAAAAACAAGCCAUUGCUCGAGUACGCAUUAACAACCGUUGCGCCAGAAACAUUUGAAACCGCGACAACAGCACAAGCAACAAGUUCAACAGAAAAUAAUCGACGUAAAUCAUGUAAAGAAGUGAUCACAACAGCCGAAGGACUCAAAAGUCUACUGAAAAACUGUCGUGUAACAGGAAUAGAUAAGAAUGAAAUUCUAUCUGUUCCAGUAGAGAUGCAAGGAGACUUUUGGGAUAAUGACGAAUUCGAGUUGAUGAAUGUUGAUGUUUUAAACGAUCGUCAAAUCAAGGAUUAG